CUCAAUGAGCCAGACUACAGGCAACAAGCCCUCAAAAACAUCGCGGCGGCUGCAGAGUAUUCGCAGAAACUCCAUCAAUCGCAAGAUCUACUCGGCGGCUUACCAAGAGUAUGAGAACAGUAAUUCCGAGGAGGAUGCGCCGGAGGACGAAAAGGCUGAUUGCAAGGAUCCGAAAGAAAUUUUACAGAACAUACAGAUGCAGAAGGAAAUUAUCGCCAACAUCCGAGUCCGACCGUGGCCCAUGGACAAAAAGUUGAAGGUGCUGAGACAAGCCAAAGAAAUUGUGCUUAAGUAUGAAGGCAGGUUGACGAGGACGAGAGGCUAUCAGGCAGCUGGGGCAGAGAUGUGGAAGAAAUUUGGGAGACUGGUGUACAAUAUCAUGGUACUUUUCAUCCCGUGGGAAAUGAGAAUCAAGAAGAUCGAAAGUCAUUUUGGCUCUGGUGUGGCUUCUUACUUUAUCUUUUUGAGAUGGAUGUUUGGCAUCAACAUAGUGCUGACAAUAAUGACAGGAGCAUUUGUCAUCUUACCAGAGCUUUUAGCAGGAGCUCCAUUCGGAAGUAUUCCAAGCAAAACUAUCCCUGCGGGGCAUGUUGGAUCUGCGCAAGAUCUGGACACUAUCUGGUCACUUGGGGGCUACCUCCAGUACUCUGUUAUGUUCUACGGCUACUAUGGCAACAAAAGGAAGAUCGGAAGGGCAGGCUACCAUCUGCCUCUGGCCUACUUUAUGGUUGGAAUGGCGGUGUUUGCCUAUAGCUUCAUCAUUCUUUUGCGAAAAAUGGCAAAGAACUCCAGGCUAAGCAUGGCCAGUGCCUCCGAUGAAAACUACACCUUCUGCUGGAAGGUCUUCUGUGCCUGGGAUUACCUCAUCGGCAACCCCGAGGCAGCCGAGAGCAAGACAGCCGCAGUCAUCAACAGUAUUCGAGAAGCUAUUCUGGAGGAGCAAGUGAAGAAAAAGGACAGAAGCCUGGCAGUGAUUAUUAGUUUAAGAAUCCUUGCCAAUAUACUGGUACUUCUCUCAUUGGCCGGGAGUAUUUACAUCAUCUACUUUGUUGUUGACCGCUCACAGGAGCUAGAACGCACAAAGAUCGAGUUGACACUCUGGGAAAAGAAUGAGGUGAGUGUCGUCGUUUCGCUGAUUACAAUGAUUGCCCCUUCCGUAUUCGAACUGGUGGCUCAGCUCGAGAUGUUGCACCCCAGAACUACACUGCGCUUCCAGCUUGCCAGGGUGCUGGUGUUGUACUUGGGCAACCUCUACAGUUUAAUCAUUGCUCUGCUUGACAAAGUGAACAGUAUGAGCAUGUCGGAUAAUGUUAAUGAUACGGGCACAGCAUUUUUAGCAACCAGAGCUUUUCCAGAGGAGAAUCUCUCGACCAUUGUACCCGACGUUGAGUUGAAGCAGAAUAUCACAUUCAGUUCAGAAGACAACAAAACGAAGCCUAUAAUCAAGUUUAAUAAGACUGCUAUAUACGACUACAACAUUCUGUCCCAACAAGAUCAAUGCUGGGAAACCUAUGUAGGACAGGAGAUGCUGAAGCUGUCUAUUAUUGACAUGCUUUUCACUGCCGGCAGCAUUCUGCUCAUUGACUUCAUCCGUGGGCUCUUUGUUCGAUACUUAAGUGAUUGCUGGUGCUGGGAUCUGGAAAAUAAAUUUCCUGAGUAUGGGGAGUUCAAGAUAGCUGAGAACGUUCUGCACCUGAUAUACAAUCAGGGGAUGAUAUGGAUGGGUGCUUUCUUCUCCCCGUGCCUUCCAGCAUUCAAUGUUCUCAAACUGAUAGGCCUGAUGUAUUUAAGGAGUUGGGCGGUGUUGACCUGCAAUGUUCCACACCAACAAGUUUUCCGAGCUUCAAGGUCUAACAACUUCUACCUAGCCAUGACCUUGUUCAUGCUCUUUCUGUGUAUGCUACCAACAGUGUUUGCCAUCGCAAGGUACAGGCCAUCCUCGACCUGUGGGCCUUUUAGUGGCCAAGAUAAAAUUUAUGACAUUGUGUCUGAGACAAUAGUGAAUGAUUUCCCAGGCUGGUUUAACACGGUGAUGGGUUAUGUCACUAGUCCUGUGGUGGUUCUACCUGCUCUGCUCCUUCUUUUUAUGCUGAUCUAUUAUCUCCAAUCAAUCGCCCGCUCACUGAAGUAUACCAAUAAUCAACUGAGGAUGCAGCUCCAAGUUGAAAGAACUGAAGAUAAGAAGAAAGUAUUCCAGAUGGUAGCAGCAAGAUUUCAGCACCUGGAGGAAGGCCACAAGAAAUCUGAGCAUGAAAGUGACGCCACAAGCCAGAAGUCCUCCAUUCAGUCGUCCCCCCGGAGGAAUGGGAGCGUCAUGAACUUUGACGUCCCCAUCAGCACAGGAACUCACAUUCAAAGCAUUUCGCAUCAGGUGGAUCAUCCUGCCAGUGCCCCUCGGGGUGCUAAUCUAGCACAAAGCCCAGCUGCUAGUGUUGCCCAGAAACACCGGAGUGAGCACUUCCCUCAAAGGCAUCUAGGUCCCAUGCCAGGAGCUACAGGUGGCGUCUAUAGAGCGAAGCCAUCUUCCGUCCGUUCUGAUGUCCCAUUCAGAAAGUGCACCAGGCCACUGAGCUACUCACCAGCAGAAGGUCCCCCACAGACAAUUCUCGGCCGUAGAGUCCACACAGCCCAUUAUAUACUCGUCAACGAGCGUGGAUCGAGGAAGAGGCUAAUGCGUCCAAACACUCGGAUGCCAAAGCAUUACAAGGUGGAUGAGUCCAGGGAGGUGAUGGAAAUGCUGCCAAGAAGCAGGAAAAGGUAUUCAGUGUAUGGAGCACAGAGGGCAGGUUCACAGAUACACUUCAGCGAGGAGGAAGACGAAGAGAACAUGGAACAAAGGGCCUUUAGCAGGUCACCUCGCCCCCACUCGCUGUCUGAUCUCCACCAGCCAACUCGCUUCUACAUCGGUGACAGCAAGGACCGUCGCUUGCUGAUCGGGAAGGACCUGGCCCAAAUUCAGUAUGAAUCGUACCAUGAAGAGUGUGAGUCACCACAGGACCAUGCUGCUCCUGGGACAUCGAACCCCCAACAGAGCAGCAAAGAGCAGGGUCCUGCCAGCAAGUUGAAAAUGAGGCAGAAAGCAGACCAGUCCCUAACUGAAUCAGACUCAGUGUCUGUAGCAUCGAGCAGCGAUCAGCAAAAUAGUAGCACCGACCAGUACAUUCAGGUCACUCACAGUAAGGAGAAGAUCUUGAAAUCUUCCAGUGACAAACUAACUAGGCCCAAGUUAAGAGCAAAAGUUGAACUAACUGCUUCAGAGGCUAAUGAACUGAUGUGUUCGAAUGUCUAAAGCAAGGUCUU